GCCGACGCCGGGUAGCGACUAGCGAGGCCCAUUGACUGACUCGAGGGAGAAGCGCCGUUGAUUCUGCAGCAGCCAGCUCCCAGUUCUGUGACAUUCUUGAUGCAAGGGCAGUAUUCCAUAGAAACAAAGCACUGAUUCUGUUUACACAGCAGAGGAGUGGUGAAGGACCAUGGCUAGUCCAAGAACAAGAAAGGUCCUUAAAGAAGUGAGAGUGCAAGACGAGAACAAUACUGGCUAUAGGACAGAGAUAGCUUUGGUCACCAUGCUGGAUGGGAGUGUGGCCUUGUUGAUUCUGCUGAACCUCUUGGUGACUUUCAAUACCACCCACCAUGGGUCAUCUUACUGGGAUGGGACAUGGAACCACUGUUUUACAGUAGGCCCCUGCCAUCUUGAAGGAGUGAGGCUAAAAGGUGGUACUGAGGCAUUCCUAUUCAACUCCUUAGCUACUGCCAUGUGGAAUUUCUCAGGGCUCAGCUUUGUCCACCAUGCUCUUCAAUAUCUGUGUGAAACCACUGGGAAAGUUUGUCCAAAGGUUUGUUUUGAAUGUGGUGCAUUUAACCCCCAAUGGGUGAGUGUGACCUAUGGAAUUUGGAUUUGUCUGGAAUGCUCAGGAAAACACCGAGGUUUGGGUGUUCAUCUCAGUUUUGUGCGCUCUGUCACUAUGGACAAAUGGAAAGACAUUGAACUGGAAAAAAUGAAGGCAGGUGGUAAUCUUAAAUUUCGGGAAUUUUUAGAGUCUCAAGAGGAUUAUGACCCUUGCUGGUCACUGCAAGAAAAAUACAACAGCAAAGCUGCUGCACUCUUCAGAGAUAAGGUGUCAGCACUGGCUGAAGGUAAGGAGUGGUCAAUUGAAACAUCAUCUGCUAGAAACUGGAUUCCACCUCAGCCCAAAGUUGCUCUUUCCUCAGCUCAUCGAAGCUCUGCCGGACAACAGCAGAAUGCUGGUGGUACUUCUGACAAAGCCUUUGAAGACUGGUUAAAUGAUGAUGUUGGUUCUUACCAAAGUGGUCAAGAGAAUCGCUAUGUGGGGUUUGGAAAUACAGUUACUCCUCCCAAAAAGGAUGAUGACUUCCUCAAUAAUGCCAUGUCUUCUCUGUAUUCAGGUUGGAGCAGUUUUACAUCUGGAGCAAGCAAGUUUGCUUCUGCAGCUAAAGAGGGUGCCACCAAGUUUGGAUCUCAGGCUACUCAAAAGUUUUGGGGCCACAAACAGCAGGCAGAGCCGGCAUCAGAGUUAGGUCAGAGUUUAAAUGAAAAUGUUCUCAAACCUGCACAGGAAAAGGUGAAAGAUGGAAAAAUUUUGGAGGAUGUUUCCCAGGGUGUCUCACAUUUGGCUUCCAAGGUCCAGGGAGCAAGUAGUAAGGGUUGGCGAGAUGUUACUACUUUUUUUUCUGGAAAACCAGACGAGUCUUCUGAAAGGUCAUCUGAGAGAGAGAGCUACCAGAACAACAGUGAAGGCUAUCAGAACAAUGCAGUGGAUCAAAGCUUUUGGGAGACCUUUGGCAACUCAGAGCCACCAAAAGCUCACAAGUCUCCAAGCAGUGAUAGCUGGACGUACGUGGACAAUUCAAUGGAGAAGAAGAGCUCUGAUAGCUGGGAUGUCUGGGGCUCAGGGACAGUCUCCAAUAACAAGAACAGUAAUAGUGACAGCUGGGAAAACUGGGAGACCAACUGGGAGAAUGCAGCGGGGGAGGGCAAAGCCAAAAAGACUCCUAAGAAGUCAACAAAAGAGUCAUCUUCAGCUGCUGAAGAAGGAUGGGAUAACCAGAACUGGUAGUACCCUGUCCUUGUUGAGCACAGCAGAGGGGGGGAAAUCACACCUCUGGAAAGAUUUACCAUGUAACUGGAUUAAUGUCCUUUUCAUUUUGGGCCUGUUUAAACCUCAUGCUUUACAGUUCUAUUCUCUUUCCACUCCUGUUUACAACUGCAACAGAAACUUUGAUUUGCAGAUUCUUGUACUUUGCUAUAUGGAAGGAAGUCUCUCCCAUGGAAAUGACCUUAUAUACCAGAUACAUUUUCACUGUGCUGCUGUUCUAUGUGGAGCAUACCACGACUUCCUUAAAGCAAGAGUUUGAAGGAAGCAAGUCCAUGCAAGCAUACUUUCAUAGCACAAUGUUGCAUGUCUAAUCUUGCAAGAUUGUCCAACUUCUCUUUGGAGCUUCAAUUGAAGUUCUUUAGAACCUCGGAUAUGAGAGUAUCAUUUGACUGAUGCUACUGGGAUAACUUUGAAUCAAGCCAGAAUGGUAAUUAAGACAUUGUCGAAGCAGUUCUUAUAUUUAUCAAGGUCUAAUAGCAAAAAGAUCACUCAUUUUAAUUCUUAAACAAAGAAGGACCAGCUUGAAUUUCUAAAGCAUUUGGAGUAAAGAAUGAGGCACUUCCAGUUCCUGCCCUUGGUGGUUUUCAACAGUGUGUAACAGAUUCCCCACAUUUUUCUUUUUUAAAUAUUAAAGGACAGAUUUUAUUUUGUAUACUUCUGAGUUUCCACAUGCUUUGGGAUUAUUAUUUUUUAACCAGAGAUGCCCUGUUACCAGAAUGCAUUUGAAUAGCCAACAGUUGUAAGAUGUGACAGAACAGAAUUUUCAGCUAAUAAAAGCAAACUUUUCAAGCCACAUCAUUCUAAUUAAACAAUAUAAAUUAAUUCAUAAACAUAGUAAUUACAAAAUAAUUAGUACUUCGGACACAUAUGAAUCAAAUCAGUUUACAAGAUUCUGUGGUAGGUUUCCUGUUUCUUCCUUCCCUGAAAAACUGGAAAGAAGAUAAUCAAGAGUGCUCAGAUUACAGCUUUCAUCAUGUUGCAGUUUUGCAGACAUUUGAAAAGAAUUCAGGUAUUUCUUUCUACAAGAUCAUAAGUAAAGUAUGUUCCUUGUGCCUGUGGUCAACAAAUCUUUUGCCAUCCCUGUAAGUUAAAAGGAUAACAGCACAAUGUGGCUACUUAGAUGUAAGAACAUGCCAGAAAACUUUGAAUCAUGGUAUAGUUGGUUGAAACCAAGAGUGAAAGCCAGUGUGGGAUUUUUUCCGAAAUCAAUAUGAACAUUUUUCUUGAAGACCUACAUUUCACACUAUGGCCCAAAAGGAGAAAAUUCACAUGUUUGAAUUUCUGCCCAUGAAGAUCUCUGCAUUGUCAAGUCAACUGUAUGGGCCUAUGACUCUAGUCUUAUGAACCUUGGCACAAACUUAAAUUUCAACUUCUCAGAACUCAGCUUAAGAUACCUGCUGUAUAUAAUUAUCUAAACACACACACACACACACACACACUCUGAAUUACCCACUGAGUAUUAAUAGUUUACUAGGACUUUUGUGUAUUGUUCAAUACAGUAUGUCAAUAUCUACCUUGUGAAGUUAUACAAUCGUGUCAGCUUGUUCUGCUGUACUUACUAGUCUUUAAAACUGCCAGCUAAAAUAUUAUUCUGGUCCUCCCUUCUAUUUCUGUUCCAACCUUUUCUCUCCUCUGUAAUCUAUCUUAUUGUGCCCUUUCUGUCAUCCUUUGGUAGCAGUGGUGAGAUGGUCUAUGCCUUUUCUUCAGGAACCCUUAAAGAAGCUUUCCUUCUGCCAGACAGGCUCCUGUGUCUUCUUCAAAGAACUCUUGACCUUGUACAACUGCUCCUUACAAAAAUAUAUAAAUUUGAGCACAGGGAGAGUUACAGUCUUGGUGUUGGCACUUCCAUUAUGGCCAGCACAUGACUCUUUCUCUGUAAUGAUAGCCUUGGAACUUAAUUGCAUGUUCAACAUGUAAAAAUAAUCGGAGCUUAUAGCUAAUUCUUUCAUCAGCUCUCUUAAAACAUUCCCAGCUGUGGAAACCAAUGCAUGUUUUCUGCACUAUUCAAAGGUGAAGUACUUGCUCCCAUGAUUUGGCAGCAAAUCUUUCAAAGACUGGAAUAAUAGCGAAGAUGACAUACUUGAGCUGGCUGUUUAUAUGGCCUGUCUGAAUUAGUAUGAGCAUCCCUAAAUUAUGAGAAUGCUUCCACUUCUAAUACCUUAUGAAAUAUUCAUACAAUCCCAUGAAUAAAAAAUGUAUGUUAAAAACACUUUUUCUUCACAAUUCAUACAUUUUUCUAACUUAGCUUUGCCUUUUCUCCCUCCCUCAUAUAAUACUUUGUUAUUUCAGGAUAUCUACCCUUUGAGAUCCCUCCUUCAUUUUUCCUAUUUUUCAAAUGGGAGCAUGGAGCUUCAAGCUUAGUAAAGCUAUACACAGGAAAAGUUAAGGUGCCCUAUUUACUUUCCUGAAAUUGUGAUCCCGGUAUGAGUGAGCAGUAGUACACAGUUGUUGUAAAACUGUUGUGUUGUUGCUUCUGGAUCAUCUUUAGUCACAAUUAUGUCCAGGUCUGAACACUGCCUUGGCUUUAGCUUACUGCCCUUUCCUGUUCAAACAAGCUUGUAAACAUUGGCUUACAGAUUGUAAACUGCUUAGAGAGUGCCGAGUUCACUAUGAAGCGGUAUAGAAAUGUAAAUGCUAUCGCUAAUGCUGAAUGCUGUAAAAAUCUUCAUUUUUUCUGAUUGCCUGCAGCAGACAAACUUAUAGACUGAAGGUUUUUUUAAAUGCCAUUAAUGUCUAACUAUUAUACAUGGUAUAGUUGGCUAAUAUCGUUUCAACUUAUUUUUGGGCCCACAGCUUGGACUUUGCCCCUCUUCUAAGGAUCAUAGUGGCCUAUGAGAAAAAUUCACAAGUUAAGUCAAACUGGCAAAGAGGGCACAAUGUUGGAUGUAAGCCUUUUGACCAGUUUUAUCAGAUUACUUUUCUGGGAGAGGUCAUGUGCAGAAGGUGCAGCCAUCAGUUAGUGUUUAAAAUCCUAUUUUAUUUUAAGAUACUGCAUUUUUAAAAGGCAACUUUCUGGAUAUAAAUGAAGUCAACUAGGAAGCCAUGAGAUACUUUUAAUUCUAUGCUCCUUUUUUGCAGGCAGGCCUUAUUUCAUGUUGGGGAUCUCAUUAUUUUAUUUUUUCCUCCAGGGAUUAGACUACUUUGGUACCUCAGUUGUUUGCCACUCCAAAUUUAUUUAUUUAUUUAUUUUUAAUUGUGAGUCUUGCAUCUGUCUUGGGGUGCUCCCAGUACAUUGAAUUGGAAGCACUAGAAAUAAUAUCAGAUUUAUUACAUUUAGUGUGGUAUUUUGCAAUAUGAGGAAAUCUUAUAGUGCAGUAUUUUAUUAAGACUCAAGCCUGAAACAGAUGGGUCAAGUAAAGCAGCUUCUGACCACUUUGGAGGCAUGGUGUUUAUGUGACACGCCCCUGAAGUGGCUGGAAGCCGCACCAAGGCCGCAUGGAGAUUGCAAAAGCUGGCCCAAAAAGAGAAAAUCCGCUCCUGCCGACGGCCUGUUCAGAAUCACAGCAGUGGCCUACUUCAAGAGUGGGCUGCCCAGUUGUUGCUGUCCCAACCUGAUCGGAACCAGAGUGGCCUUUGGCCACUCCUUAUUGCCAGUCUGCUUCACUCCUCAGUAGUAUGGAUUGGUUGCAGUAGUAGAAGUAAGUCUCUAAACUACCCAACAGCCCUAAAUUCCAUGCAGACUUGACCAGAACUUAUUCUUCCCUUCAGCCAUGCAAUCUUGACACCACUCUAUCCAUUGUUCUUAUCUUCUCGAGAUGAGGUCCAGCUACCACUGUCUCUGCCUCUCAGUGCCAGUAUAAAUAUUUCAUUCUUCCCACUACAACGGAAUCUUGCAUCACCACUGAGACUCCAUAUGUUAGUCUCAAGGUGCUAUAAGAUCUCUUUGCACACUGAUCCAAACUAACAUGGCUUGGUAUUUGAAUUCUACCCACUGUGGGCAUUGGAAAGUAGGGUGUGUGAUGGAAAAUACUCAUAGAUUUUGUAGCAGAUAUCUCUGGCCAUGAAUAGUAGACUUAAAACUCUAGCUGUAGAGAUCUAUGUAAUGAAUGUGGAAUUUGCACUGUGUCAUAACUUUCCAUGUGAUUUCCACAAAAAAGGGAAGAACCCUUUAAUGAAAUCAGUAAGAUGGAAAGGGUAAGUUGGCUUGAUAUACAAACCUCUUCUUUAUGCCAUCUGGUUUAUUUACCCCCUGCCCCAGCAAUUGAAACACUAAGCUUAUAGAGCAAUCAAGGUUGUUUGGGGGACUGUUGUAAAUGUUGAGAAGUUCUAAGAAUACAACUGUGUGUGUAAGUGAUAAGGUUCAUAAUUUACAAUUGCUUUCUGUAUGGCCUUGCUGGAGUAUCAUUUUGAUUCCACAAGAAUCCAGCAAACAUACUCACAGGUCCUAUUCUAACAUUCCAUGGGUUGAUUUUUUUUAAUGUAUUGAUGUAGUGAUCUGUGCAAUAACUUAAAACUAUUGGGUAAACCUCAUUUUAAUUUAAUCUGGAUUGCACGAUUUGGAGGUCAGUCUCCCAGUAUCGGGACAUCAGUGAUAGAAAUAGAGGCCAGUUACCAGUGGAGGACUUUGCCAAAAGCUUUGAGUGCUAAAAUAUGGCUUCAAGAAACUUCACUGGAUUCUUUUAGGUUGAAGCAAUUAUCUUUGGAACUCUUUUGUUGUUGCUUUUGAGAGCAAGGAGGGUUCUGAAACUUGAUAACAUUUCAAUUUUCCUUCUCUGUGUUUGUGAUGUUCACAGAAGUAGUGAGCGAUACUUCUUGUUCUGUAAAGUGGUUCUGGAUUUGAACCUACUGUGUCAUCUGAAAAACAAAACAAUAAAGCAAGAGAUGGAACCAA